AAACGUCUUCAAGAAAAACAUUCCAAGAAAGAGAAUUCUACAGGAGACUCCCGUGAGAUUCUGACUGACUUUUUGGAGCUCAUUAACAAGUUCUAUCAGAAAUGGUCCAAAUCUCGAAUGCUAGAACAUGAGACAGAACCCAGAACAGAGACACGCCCUAGCUCGACA